UAAUGCAGGCACCAAGGAUCGAAUCCGCUACCUCUCACAACCCAAGAGCGCGUCAUGCCACUAGACUACAGGCACUUCUUACAAGUUCGCGUACAAAAUUUAUUAUACGAAUUUUAAAGAGAACUGCGACUGUACUUGCAGAAACAGAGCUCGGUUGGACAACGAAAUUUGACCAAUUUCGACAGCAUCACUCCCAACAGCAACAGGCAUUAAAAGAAAAAAAUACCAAAAGCAAAAGAAGGAAAUCUGAAAUUAUUAGAAUUUUUGAUUUUACGGUAACUGUACGUUUUAAGUCCGAAUUCGGUUCCGUAAAUUCUAGAUUUUUCCAUAUUCCACGAAAUUUUUCAAUGUCAAUCAGAUUGGGAUCACAUUAUGGGGCCUUUUUAAGCAUUGACUAUAGAUUG